GUUGACGUGAUCGCGAUGAGCCUCGCCGUGUUUUGUGUUUUAUUUGGAAUCCGUUUCGUUUCGAUCAUACUCGAAUCGAUUUUUCGUCUUUUGAUUUCUUCGAUCUAUGUUGAUUUGAUAGCGCGAAUCCUGUUUGAUCUCUCUCGCUCUCUCUUCGUCGUUUAUCUAAGUUCUCUCUUCGUUUCGUUUAUUCUUAGAUUCCUGAUUCAACCUUGUGUGUUAAGCCUUAGACUCGGUUAAAAUCGAUGUAUUAGGGUUUCGGUGUUCCUUUUCUGUUUAAGUUGAAGUUGUGUGGUUUGAUUUUGAUCUGUACCCGAGGCGUCAGGAAGAGGCUAGAUUAGCUGAUUUUAUCAUCAGCGAGUUAAUAUUUGUAGUUUGUGGAAUCAUGAUUCAUAGAUUUUAAUGCUCUGGUUAGGUCAUGUUUUCUUAUUGAUUCUGAUUGGAAUCGAUUGCUAGUGUAGAUUGUUGCAGCAGAAGCUAUAAAUUGAUUUGAUAUCUUCUUUCGUUUGUUGAAAUUUUUGGGCAGUAUCUCACUUAAGCAAUGAAGUCAGGAGGAUCAUCUACAUUGAAUCCUUACGCUGCAGCUUAUGUACCACUCUCUAAAAGAGAUGCUUCUUUUGGUGGUGGUGGUGCUGCUGCUAAGCCAUCCGCAUACCAUCAAGUCCAGCACCAGCAACCUCAUCAGGUAGCUCAUGGUUAUGGAGUCCAAGGAAUGGGAAGUUAUCCUAGUCCUCCUCAGAUGAAGAUGCCUACUAAGAAAUCCCCUGACAUGGUUUACAAUCAUCAGAUGAAAGAGGAGGAUUUGGAGAUGGACAUGGAUAUCGAGUUCCUUUUAGUCACAUUCUCUGGUCUCUCACAUGAGUCUAUCAAUGAUGUUUACUUGGCCAACAACUGUGAUCUUGAUGCAACUAUCGAAAUGCUUAACCAGCUCGAGAUUUACAGUACUGAAGCUCAGGAGUACCUCCCAGACACACUGGACAUUGGCGAUGUACCUGAAACAAUCACCGAACCUUCGAAACUAAAGAAUGAAACAAGUGCAUCAUCAUCAUCCUCGGGUAUCCGCAACCCCUAUGUCUCCUCCUCCUGAUUUGAUGAGUCCUUCAAAAAUGUGAAGUUUUUUUUUUUAUCUCUUUUAAGUUUCUUGCAAAUGGAUGAUAUGAAGUUGAAUGGUAUUCGUAGGAGAUCUCUUUCUAUAUUCUUUCUCCCACUUUGUUUUAUGGGGAAAAGAGAGUACAAUGUAUAGUUCUUAAAAAAAGUUUCAGUUUGAGAAAGCUUAUGAAUCAGCAGCCUCUGCUCUUUUGGCCA